AUGGUUGAUUUCCCUUUUGUGGAAGGUGAUGACUGUGUGGUCAUUAAUGGAGGUUCCUACAUGAACAUUAGUGGCAUCUUCUGCGGACCUGGUCAUGGCAUAAGCAUUGGGAGCCUGGGAAUAGGUGGAUCUUAUGGCGCAGUGGAAGAGAUCCAUGUCAGAAACUGCACCUUCACCAGAUCUUCAAGUGGAGCCAGAAUCAAGACUUGGGAGGGUGGAUUUGGAUAUGUUAGAAAGGUCAUUUAUGAGGACAUAAUACCGGAAGAUGUUCAACAGCCAGUGCUCAUUACCCAACACUACAAUAUUUCUCAAACAAAUGGCAACAAAAAGGCUAUAAAAAUCAGUGACAUCACAUAUAGGAAUUUCAAGGGAACUUCAGCUUUCGAGGAAGAAGUCAAAUUGGAAUGUGACAAUGUUGUAGGAUGCACCAACCUUGUGUUGGACGACAUCAAAAUUACAUCGUCUAACCCUAAAAUGAAGACCAGGGCCACCUGCACAAACGCUCAUGGCAAAAGUUCUGCCACCAACAUUCCUCAAGUUUCAUGCCUUCUAAAGUGA